AAAAUGAUCCUCUCAUGUUAUACCAAGGAAGUUAUAUACCAGUAUCCGCCGAUCUUAAGACCAAAUCGACCACAACCAUGUUUAUAAUUGGAAGUAUCUUCUGGACAUUGGGGAAUGUACUACAUGUCAUUGGACUCACCUAUGCCCCAACAAGCUUACUUGGUCCAGUGAACUCGUUGGGUCUGAUUAUAACAAUGUGGUUAUCCUGGCAGUUACUUGGUGAGGAGUUGAACCGCCAUUUGGUUAUAUCAAGUUGCUUUACAAUUUUGGGGAUCAUAAUCUGCUUGAUUGCUUCACUCAAGGAAUCUCAAACGGAUCUAUAUGUUACUCUUGAAAGCUGGCAUGACUCUAUCUACUUGUAUUUUGGCUUGUUUCUUGUACUCACUCUUAUUGUUAUAGGAGCGACAAUAUUAACCAGUACGUUACACACACUUUAG